UGGGUUGAUGGCACUGGGGAUCAUAAUCCCCGUCUCUUGCAUGCCCGAGAAAUCCCAGGGAGUGGGGUUUGCCUAGGGGGCGAGGCGGGGAAGAAUGUCGCUGUUCCUUUUUCUUUUUCUGUGUGAAAUCCAGCCAGUCCCUCGUGCAUCAGCAAGUGCAAACUAGCAACAGCCUUCACAGCCCCCCUCCCAGACACUCGCUAGGUCGCCGUCAGAUCAUGAAUUAUUAGGGAAGAGUUCUAGAUUGGACUGGAGCGUUGUGCUUUUGCAGAUGCCCGGGAGACAGACGCAUGUAAAGGGGAGCAGUGUCAGCUCGGGGAGAAAAUAUUUUAUGAUUUGCUGCACUUCCUGUUAAGCGCAGCUUCUUGUUUUCAGCAGAGCCCGAUUGCGAGCAGCAUUUGCAACUCCUCCUUCUCAAGGCCGGGUGCUGCCUCCUUGAAGUCCCUGAUUAUCAUCAGCUCUGCCUGGGAUUCCGGCUUGCAGCAGGAAAGUGGAACCACAUUGCAAUGUUUGUUUGCACCACCGCCUUCUCCAGGCCUGCGUGAGUUUCUCGUAGCUCUGGCCCUGCUGAGGCUGCACAGAGGAAGAAGUCGCAUUUCAGGGAGCGCUUGCACCGCCUCCUGCUUGACAGAGGGGGACGGACCUAGUCGCAGGAUCCGGACUCCAGGGAUUGUAUUUAUUUGCAAACGGUGUCGAGCUCAACUUUUGCACCUUCCUCUUUCUCCCCAGGGCACGUGUAAUGGGGGACACGUUACUUUGCUGUGCAAAGGGAAGGAAACUUUCUCACCCACCAAGAGUCUCCGGAUAUUUUUGACCGGGCGGAAGACUUAUCAACCGAACCACAAUUUUAAGGAUGUCUCAUGAUCUUGCUCUUGGAAGAGACGGGGGCCCCUAGCAACUUUCCCAGCCCCCAUUUAAAAAACCGCAGCUGGAGAAACUCCUCCCUUCUUCCCCUUUGGUUCCCCCACCCCCUUUCUCCCCAGUUCCUGAGGGUUGGAAAACAAGCCCAGAUUGGCUGCUGGUGGUGGACAGUGGUGGGAGGUGGAAGAGGAGCCUUGCUUGGGAGCCAUCCUCGGGAGUGACGCCUUGUUGAGCGGGAUGGGAAGCACUGCCAUGGACACCAAGAAGAAAGAUGCUUCCAGCAGCGGCAGCAGGAAAGGCUCCAGCCAGAGGAGACGCAUGUUGCGAGUGCACAUCCCGGAUCUUAGCUCAUUUGCCAUGCCAUUCCUGGAUGGAGAUGUGGAGAGCUCAGACAAAAGUGCUUCUCGAAAGGUGGAAGAGAGCUACCAUAUGGGCAGCCCUUCGAAAGGCCUUUUCUCAAAAGGGCUCCAAAAUCGACCUUCCAGCCCUGUUUCUGCCCCUGUGAGAGCUAAACAUAGCCCAGGUUCACCAAAAACAGUGUUCCCCUUCCCAUAUCAGGAGUCUCCCCCACGCUCCCCACGCCGAAUGAGCUUCAGUGGGAUCUUCAAGUCCUCUUCCAAAGAAUCCUCUCCCAGUUCUAACCCGUCUACCUCACCUGGUGGCAUCAAGUUUUUCUCCAGAUCAAGAAAAACCUCCGGCCUUUCCUCCUCUCCAUCUACCCCAACACAAGUGACCAAGCAGCCGCCAUUUCCUCUUGAAUCCUAUAAACAUGAACCUGAGAGACUAGAAACCCGGAUUCACUCUUCUCCUCCGGACACAGGGCAGAGGUUUACUCUGCCUCCACCCCAAAAUGCAGCCAAGCCUCCCACGGUGAUGCCAACUCCCUGUGCUACCUCAAAAACAGCGGCGGCCGCAGCUGCGGCUUCUCCUCAGACCCCGGCCGCCUCUGAAGGGAUGCUGGAGAAACUAGAGCUCGACGAUGAAGCAUCUGAAGAAUCGGAAAGUGACAUCUAUGUGCGAUUCAUGAAGUCUAACAAGUGUUAUGACAUAGUUCCAACAAGUUCUAAGCUUGUUGUUUUUGACACUACCUUACAAGUGAAGAAGGCUUUCUUUGCCUUGGUGGCAAAUGGUGUUCGAGCAGCUCCACUAUGGGAGAGUAAAAAGCAGAGUUUUGUAGGAAUGUUAACAAUUACAGAUUUCAUUAAUAUACUGCAUAGAUACUAUAAGUCUCCAAUGGUUCAGAUCUAUGAAUUGGAGGAGCACAAGAUUGAAACAUGGAGGGAGCUUUAUUUACAAGAAACUUUUAAGCCUUUAGUGAACAUCUCCCCGGAUGCAAGCCUUGUUGAUGCUGUGUAUUCAUUGAUCAAAAACAAAAUCCACAGAUUGCCAGUUAUUGAUCCUGUCAGUGGGAAUGCACUUUAUAUACUUACCCAUAAAAGAAUCCUCAAGUUCCUCCAGCUUUUUGUGUCAGAAAUGCCAAAGCCUGCCUUUAUGAAGAAGAACCUGGAUGAACUUGGGAUAGGAACUUAUCACAACAUUGCCUUCAUACAUCCAGACACUCCUAUUAUUAAAGCCUUGAACAUAUUCGUAGACAGAAGGAUAUCUGCAUUACCAGUUGUGGAUGAGUCAGGAAAAGUUGUAGAUAUUUAUUCCAAAUUUGAUGUAAUAAACCUUGCUGCUGAAAAAACCUAUAAUAAUCUAGAUAUCCAAGUAACGCAAGCCCUCCAGCACCGUUCUCAGUAUUUUGAAGGUGUUGUGAAGUGCAGUAAGCUGGAAACACUGGAGACCAUUGUUGAUAGAAUAGUGAAGGCUGAGGUUCAUCGUCUGGUAGUAGUGAAUGAAGCAGAUAGCAUUGUGGGUAUCAUCUCCCUCUCUGACAUUCUACAAGCAUUGGUGCUCACGCCAGCAGGUGCCAGACAAAAGGAGAGUGAAACUGAGUGAACUGCUGUGAAUGUAUAAAGCUUCUAGGAGAACUUGAAUGAAGUUUCUGGGUCAAGUUUGCCUCAAGAACACUGACUGCAAUAGAAACAAGAAGAACGGUUUAUGAGAAUGUGUAUUGAAACUUAGUGAUGGGUAAUGUCUGUAUUUUCCCCCAGUGGUGUCGCAAAAAAACAGCAUGACAAAAAAGCUUAUAUGUUAAAAAAUGUAGGCUUGCAUUUCAAAAUGUCUUCAAAAUGUUUGCUGAAAGACUGUGUCCGUCAUUAAAAUGCACUGUAGUCUGAAAUUGUUUCAUUCGUAUUUGACAGAAGUCACUGAUCAGCAACAGACGUCUGACAUAAGGCAAGUGUAUGGCAUAUUCAUAUCAUAGUGCCUUAUGUCAAAUACAGCAAUAUGUCAUCAGUUGCCCAUCACUGUCAGAGGAAGUAUUGUGCUAAACAAGACACUGUAUUUGAAUGUGAAAGUUUUUAAACCUAAAACCAAAUCAGUUUCAGUUCUCAUUAGAUUUGUCAUAAAAGUUGUAAUUUGAAUAUCAGUAGAUUACUUUAAAACUUUAAUGACAGUUUCGUGUUUUUAAUAUUGCAUUCUGAACUGAUAUGUAAAACAAGACUGAUUUAAAAACAGCUUUAUUUAUUUUUACUUUCAUGGCAAUUUUUUACACAUUUUUGGUGGAUAGCUAAAAUUUCACCAUGUCCAUUAAUAACUGUUGAUUGUUAUACAAAAAAAAGGGGCAGAUUUUUCUCAUUUUUUAAACACUUGGGAGGCUGCAGAAGCCGUGGCUUCUAGAAUGAGCCCACACAUUACUUCAGUCUAAGGUUUUCAAAAGCACGUGUUGAAAAAUGUUAUUCUGUACUGUAAUAGAUAGGUACCGAGGAGAAGACUGAGUGCCAGAGAGCUAUAUAUUUUCCUGUGUACUAAAAUGUUAAAUCAUGUUGUAAGAUGCAGAUACAAUUUUUUGUAAAUUAUAAUGGAUAGAGAGUUUUCAUACAGAUGCAAAGAGUGAGGAAAGGUUUUUGCUAAUGUAAAUGCACCAUAAAGCUUAGAAAUCACACUAUAUAAUUGUAGACUUUCUUCUGCAGAUAGAAUAAAUUAAAGAAAUCUUACUAUAUCAUUUUUUCAUAGCAGUUUUGAAAAUGCCAAGUAUCUUUGCAUGUACAGAUUUUACAUGCUUCUUACAUCCUUUUUCCCACCUGGAGAUUUUAUCUUUUGUAACGUAGACAUUGACUCACCCUUAUCUCCCUUCCCUCUUUACAGGCUAAUUGUACAUUAAAGGACACUUACUUUAAAAGCAAAUGUCUUUACUUGGGUUACUGAAUAACACCUUACACUAGAAAAACUGAAUGCCCAUUCAGUCUUUCAUUUAUGGGGUGUUUCUCCAUGUCCUAUCUGGGAGAAAAUGAAAAUGAUUGAUUUGUCACUCUCUAAUUCCAAACACAGGAUGGGAAAUGUUUAAAUGAAACUGAAAACUACGUUAAUUACUUGUU